CGUCGUCAUACCUCAGCCCGCCAACACUCCCCUGCGAAGUUAUCCGACGUGGUCGAGACAUCACCCAAAACAACACCGUCGCCUCUGCGCCGCCCCUAAUUCCACAUCUCCUCGCCCUCCAUCACCUACAACACCAGCCUAGACACAGCAAUCAUGGCUCAAGAUCCUCGUGCCCUGCUCCAGAAGGCCCAGAAGACGCUGCAAGGCGCCGGCAGCGGCUUCAGCUUCUUCGGCGGCCGAGAGGAGAAGUAUCAGGAUGCCGCCGACCUCUACAUCCAGGCCGCCAACGCCUUCAAGAUGCAGAAGCAGAACGUCGAAGCUGGCAAGGCCUUUGAGCAGGCCGCUCAGGUCCAGACCCAGAAUCUCAAGGAGCCUGAUGACGCCGCCAACAGCCUCGUCGACGCCUUCAAAGCCUACCGAAAGGACGACCCUCCGGCUGCGGCCCGCUGCCUCAACGUCGCCAUCGACCGCUACUGCGCCAAGGGCAACUUCCGCCGCGCCGCUUCCCACAAGGAGAACCUCGGCGAGCUGUACGAGGUCGACCUCGGCGACAACAAGGCCGCUCUCGAGUGCUACGAGGCCGCUGCUGGCUGGUACGAGGGCGACAAUGCCGCAGCCCUAGCCAACAAGCUCUGGCUCAAGGUCGCCGACCUCGCUGCAAUCGACGGUGAUUACUACAAGGCCAUCGAAAACUACGAAAAGGUCGCCGAGCAGUCCAUCAGCAACAACCUCAUGAAGUAUAGCGUCAAGGACUACCUCCUCAAGGCCGGCAUCUGCCACCUCGCCAACGGCGACCAGGUGGCCACCCAGCGCGCCCUCGAAAAGUACAGGGACAUCGACCCCUCGUUCGCCACCCAGCGCGAGCAUAAGCUGCUCGUCGACCUGUGCGAGACUAUCGAGGCUAGGUCUCAAGAGGAUUUCGCCGACCGCUUGUUCCAGUUCGAUCAGGUCAGCAAGCUCGAUAAGUGGAAGACGACGAUCCUGGUGCGCAUCAAGAACUCCAUCGAGGCGGCCGAGGACGACGACGAGUUUGCGUAAACGAGUGUCAGCGGUGGGGCUAUGUUGGGAGGAGUUAUUGCAUGAGUGAAUGAAUGGAUGGCUCAAAGGAACUGGAAUAUAUCACACGCAAGCAAAGUAUUGGAAUUGCCUUUUUGGGAGGUUGUUCGUUGUCUUGAUGGUCAAGAGAAGGGCCGAGCAGAGAGAACUGAAGUUGCCCAUCAAUGAUUGAUCCCCUUAGGAUCGGAAGAUGGGUCGCACAUAGAUAAAUCACAUUAUGAACAACAAUGAAAUCGUUCAGUGAUUUAAUAUUUUUAUCCACGUUGCCAAGGAACUGCGGGUUGAAUAAACUUAGAAGCAUCGUGACAGCUCAGGAUAAUUGGGGACCAAUAGCCCCAAGGGCAGCCAAAGCAACCUCGUCAACAACGCGCAAUACUGCAACGAAC